CUGAUAAUGCUUCAGCCACGUGUCAGCACUUGCACCUCUUAAUCAAACACACGACUUCGUCUGUUCUCACUGAAAAUCUAGUACUACCAUUAUUAAUUUGUUCGCUACCCCAUUAUUUGCUUAAACAAAGACAACCUAUCACACUGGAGUAGUAGGCAUGGCUAGUUUUCUUGAUCUAUUCAAGGUCUCAUUUCUAUGGAGUCUGCUCUCAAUUGGAUCAAAUUUGGGCACCUUGAAAGGAAGUUCAAGUGGCCAUGUUGGUGUAUUUCCUCCUACAUGCAAUCGGAUAGAGUGUCCGAGUUUUGAUGUGAUUCAUUCGGGAAAUGGGUUCGAAAUUCGACAGUACAAUUCGCCAGUGUGGAUGUCAACCUCUCCCAUUGAUGAUAUUUCGUUUGUGGGUGCGACUAGAACUGGUUUCUUGCAGUCCAUGGUAAACCUUCUCCCCUUCCAAACUUGCAGGCUAUUUGACUACAUUCAAGGCAAGAAUGAAUAUCAGCAGCAAAUAGAAAUGACAGGUCCAGUGAUUACAGAAGUCAAACCUAGUGAUGGACCAUUCUGUGCAUCAUCUUUUGUCGUGAGUUUCUUUGUUCCAAAGGAGAACCAAGCUAACACGCCGCCUGCUAAAGGGCUCCAUGUGCAGAGAUGGGGGCAAACCCAUGUAGCAGUAAGGCAGUUCAGCGGAUUUGUGGCUGAUGAAGAUGUUGGUAAGGAAGCUGCAUCCUUGUAUAACAGCAUUGCUGGAACCAUUUGGUCAGAUGCCAUUGACAAAAGCCAUGCAGGAGAGAACACAACUUUGUAUAUUGUCGCACAAUACAACUCUCCUUUCGAGUUUGAGAACAGAGUAAAUGAGAUUUGGCUGACAUUUGACAUGAAUGAAGAUGAGAUUUAAGAAAGUAAAGUUUCGUGACCUCUUGAACCUGGAGACGUAAUUCAAGAAUAGCUGGAUUGCAUCUAAUUUGGUGUUGAAUUAUUCAACAUCUAUUUAACUCUCUUUCUAGUAAUAGCUACCAUAUUCGAAAUAAUGCUGUAACUAGAUCCUACUGAACUUUAAGUGUGUGCUAUGUGCUAUCAGAAUAAGUUUGUCCUGUUUUCGCAAUGAAGUUGAGGUGCCUAUGAGAGUGUAUGAAAUGGACUCGGCAUAUUUACAUGAGA